AAACGUUGACAUUUUGUUAAAUCGGCGUCGUCCGUGUAAUUCCGACACGGUAUGUGUCGUUAAAGUCCUCAGGCUAACGCGACACUCUUACUAAAUCGCAGUGGCUGAUGUCAUAACGCUUAACUACAACAGUGACGGCAUCGCUUGGUGAAAUUAGUCCUCGUUUAUUCAAAUGCUACUGACGUGUUGUAGAAACUUAGUAACUGUUCGUUUUGUUGCGCUUAGAUUAAAAAACAAACAAAAAAACGACUUCAUGGCACCACCCAAACACACCGAGGUGAAAAGAGGAAUCGCAGUCCUGUGGGAGACUCUGCAGUGCCCCAUAUGUUUGGAUUUGUUGACGAAACCAGUUUCUACCAAGUGUGACCAUCAGUUUUGCAAGUUUUGUAUGCUGAAGCUGUUGGACAACGCCAAGCAGAGCAAAGCCGACUGCCCAGUGUGUAAAGAAAAGAUAACGAAGAGAAGCUUGCAGGAGAGUCCGGGUUUUCAGAGACUCGUCACAGGACUGCAAGACAUGAUCCAGGCAUAUGAACAUGACACCGGCACAAAUUACUUGACUGGACUGGCCCAGGAAAGAAGGCGAGCUGGGCUCAACGAUGACAAACGGGUGGAUGGGACGCCCGACAAUGUGGAGGAUGUUGAAAAGGCUCCUCCGAGUUCUCACACAUCAACUAUAGCAGGUAAAAGCUUGGCGGUUGACAAACGUUGGUCCUGUUCACAUUAAAAUAGAUGGACAAAA